GAACGGCAGUAAAAUCUGAAAAGUUUGGUGGCUCAACAGGUUGGAAAAUUGUCUUCCCCAACUUCAGCAAGUGAAAAUUAGAUAAGUAUAGAGUGAAGGUUUGUUACUCCGCUCGAAAAAGGUGGGAGACCGUAAAAAUGACGAGGGCAGGAUCGAGUUGAGACGUGUCCCACAUCGUCUGGCCGCCUGUCAGUGCGGGUAGGGUUGAGGUUUACAGUCAGUCUAAACUACAGGUCCAGAAGAGUUCAGCGAGUUUAUAGCAUCGAAGUGUCCAGUCCAUUUUGAUUUUAUUCAGUGGGUUGGUGGGGACACCACAAGGGUCUAGGCAAUUUGGUCGACUCCGGACACCUUUUCCAAUGAGCGUAAAGCAUUUUUAUCUCCUCGUCCUCUUGUCCGGACUGGCAGCUUCAGGCUUGUUACCGGUCAGUGGGCUGAGGGUGGAAACGUCGGGGGAGGUGGAGGCAGUGAACGGUACAGAUGUGUGGCUGAAAUGUACCUUCCAGAGCAGCUCGCCCAUCACCCCAGCAACGCUCACGGUCUCAUGGAGCUUCCGACCCAUCGGACCUGGCCGUGAGGAGUCAGUGUUCUAUUACCAUGAGAGGCCUUACCCUCCCCCAGACGGGCGUUUCCAUAAGCGGGCGACAUGGGCAGGUGACAUCAUGGGGCGGGACGCCUCCAUCGUGGUACGUAAGGUCAAGUUCACUUACAAUGGGACGUUCAGCUGCCAGGUGAAGAACCCUCCAGACGUCCAUGGCACCGCAGGGGAGGUGAAACUAACCGUGGUCACCACAGCAUCCUUCUCUGAGAUUAUCAUGCUGGCUGCAGCCAUCGGGGGCGCCAUCGUGCUGAUGGUCAUCCUCCUCGUCAUCAUCAUGUCAAUAAGACGAUGUCGUGAGAAGAGACAGGAGGAAGAGGGGGCGGAGGAUCUACCUCGCAGACAGAGAAAGGACCCUACCGUGUGCCACCCUGCAAGGGCCAAACACCUGUAUAUGGACGAUGACGUGCUAGAGAUUGACAGCUCGGACGGUAUGAUCUCUGAGGCCAGCACCAAGGACCCCAGUUCCUCUGAGGAAGACGACAGGAGCUCUGACUACGGCGGAGGCAAUGACUCUGACUGAGAUGGGGACAGUGAAUGUUGGCUUUAUUUUAGGGGUUAUCUCUAUGUGCUUGUGGUAAAUUUUAAUCCACAGUUAUUUUUUUUAAACUAUUGAUCCUCUGUGGCUAAAUUAUGCUCUGUGGUGUAUUUUGAAAAAUUGAGAGUGGGCUCCUGUGGUUGGAUAAAAUGUAUUCAGUAUAUAUACACUACCGUUGAAAAGUUUGGGGUCACUUAGAAAUGUCCUUGUUUUCGAAAGAAAAGCACAUUUUUUGUUCAUUAAAAUAACAUCAAAUUGAUCAGAAAUACAAUGUAGACAUUGUUAAUGUUGUAAAGGGCUAUUGUAGCUGGAAACGGUAGAUUUUCCAAUGACACGUGCCUGUAAUCCAACCCACAAAUGCUGAUGCUCCAGAUACUCAACUAGUCUAAAGAAGGCCUGUUUUAUUGCUUCUUUAAUCAGAACAACAGUUUUCAGCUGUGCUAACAUAAUUGCAAAAGGGUUUUCUAAUGAUCAAUUAGCCUUCUAAAAUGAUAAACUUGGAUUAGCUAACACAACGUGCCAUUGGAACACAGGAGUGAUGGUUGCUGAUAAUGGGCCUCUGUAC